UGCACAUGGUUUGAGCACGUGUCCAUGCUGGUGAUCCUGUUAAACUGUGUGACUCUGGGGAUGUUUCAGCCCUGUGAGGACAUUACCUGCCAGGGGGAGUGGUGUCGCAUCCUCCAGGUGCUGGACGACUGCAUCUUUGCUUUCUUUGCAGUGGAGAUGGUUAUCAAGAUGGUAGCCCUGGGAAUUUUUGGCCCCAACUGUUACCUCGGGGAUAAAUGGAACCAGCUUGACUUUGUCAUCGUCAUGGCAGGAGUAAUGGAGUAUUCUCUGGACGGCCACAAUGCCAGCCUGUCGGCAAUCCGUACAGUCCGAGUGCUCAGGCCACUGAGGGCGAUCAACAGGGUACCAAGUAUGAGGAUCUUGGUGACACUGCUCUUGGACACCUUACCCAUGCUGGGAAAUGUUCUCCUCCUCUGCUUCUUUGUCUUUUUCAUCUUCGGCAUCGUGGGAGUCCAGCUGUGGGCAGGACUACUGCGCAACCGCUGCUUCCUGGGAGAGGACAUAAGAGGAAUUUACAACUUGUCUGUAGAUCCUUACUACAUGACUGAGGAGGGUGAGGACAGUCCAUUCAUCUGCUCGGCCCCCCGCGAGAACGGGAUGCUGCGCUGCCACGAUGUUCCCCCAUCCACGGACGGUGGGGAGCCGUGCUUACUGGCCGCUCCUCACCCAGGCUCUCCUCUGCUCGGUGGAGUCAGCGUUAACGGCUGCGUCAACUGGAACCUAUAUUACAAUGUCUGCCGUCCUGGGGACUUCAACCCCCACCAGGGGGCGGUCAACUUUGAUAACAUUGGCUACGCUUGGAUAGCAAUAUUCCAGGUUAUCACGCUGGAAGGAUGGGUGGACAUCAUGUACUAUGUCAUGGAUGCUCACUCUUUCUACAAUUUUAUAUAUUUUAUAUUGCUCAUUAUUGUGGGCUCUUUCUUCAUGAUCAACUUGUGCCUCGUGGUCAUCGCCACCCAGUUCUCUGAGACUAAGCAGAGGGAGAACGCUCUGAUGAGGGAGCAGCGUGCUCGCUUUAUGUCCAAUGACUCCACACUGGCCAGCUACAGUGAACCCGGAUCGUGCUAUGAGGAGAUGCUCCGUUACAUUAGUCACCUUUACCGCAAGCUGGUGCGCAGGGUGCAGAGGAUGUACUAUGGCUGGCACAGUAAACGGCGUAAAAAGGUGAACCCUAAUGGCAGCGGGGGAGGCAGUAACAAUGGUGGCAACGGGCACGGCCAGGGUUCCAGCAGGGGCUGCGGAGGCUCGGGCCCGGGAAAUGCACUGUGGCUGAGGCCAAUACACAACCUCCUGCAGCAUCACCAGCACCAGCACUGUCGCCUCAGCAACGGCGGGCAGCACACCAUCAGUGUGGCAACCACUGAGCACAUGGACAGAGAGGGACAUGUUGAAGGGGGGGAGGAGCUGGAGCUGAAGUCCCUUCCUUCCCGGAGAGGAAGUACAAAUGGAAAUAGCAGCAAUAACCCGGCUGUUGUCACUCAGGGCAUGGGUGCAUUGCUUGGGCGACUCAACGGGGGGAUGAAUUAUCCGACCAUCCUGCCAUCCUUCGUGUGCAGCUACAGCAGCAAGACGCCGCCACCCCACUCAAAGCAGCCCAGCCCGGAGCAGCAUCCACCAAACCACCCGGCGUCUGAACACACAGAGACGCUGAACAAGCUUUACCAGCUCAUGGGACAGCACAGUCGCCAGAGGCUGCUGUUCCAGCUGGCGGGGGUCGUGCCCAGCCCGCUGCUCCUGGAGCUGCUCAGCUGCCCUCUGUGCGCCCGCAGCCUCGAGACUCUGGAGCUGGAACUCGGAGACCAGGAGAGAGGCAAGGGGGAGGCCGACGGACUGCACGACUUCCCCCAGGGAUGCGACAUCAGAGGCAGAAGUCGACUCCGGCGGCGGGGAGUGGUGGAGUACAGGAACGGAGCUGUUCGAGCCUGGAUAAACUUCAGGGACAAACUGAAGAGGAUUGUGGAAAGUAAAUACUUCAACCGAGGGAUCAUGAUUGCCAUCCUUGUCAACACUCUCAGCAUGGGGAUAGAGUACCAUGAGCAGCCCGAGGAGCUGACUGACGUGUUAGAGAUCAGCAACAUUGUUUUCACCAGCAUGUUUGUCCUGGAGAUGGGCUUCAUGCUUCUGGCUUUUGGCUUGUUCGGAUACAUCAGAAACCCGUACAACAUCUUCGACAGCAUCAUUGUCAUCAUCAGUGUGUGGGAGAUAAUCGGUCAGUCGGAUGGUGGCUUGUCGGUCCUGCGCACAUUUCGUUUGCUGCGGGUGCUUAAGCUCGUACGCUUCCUACCUGCCCUGAGGAGACAGCUGGUCGUGCUGAUGAAGACCAUGGACAAUGUGGCCACCUUCUGCAUGCUGCUGAUGCUUUUCAUCUUCACUUUCAGUAUACUGGGCAUGCAUCUUUUUGGAUGUAAAUUCAGUCUGCAGAUGGAGAACGGAGAUACCAUCCCUGACCGCAAGAACUUUGAUAGUCUGCUCUGGGCCAUUGUCACUGUAUUCCAGAUUCUCACCCAGGAGGACUGGAACGUGGUGUUGUACAACGGCAUGGCUUCAACCUCGCCAUGGGCAGCUCUCUACUUUGUUGCUCUCAUGACGUUUGGCAACUAUGUGCUCUUCAACUUAUUAGUUGCCAUCUUGGUUGAAGGCUUCCAGGCUGAGGGCGAUGCUAAUCGAUCAGAGUCAGAUGAUGAAAAGAAAUCAGACAACUUUGAGGAGGAUGAAAAGGUGGAACAGCUCAGAGACACUGAGCUGAAGAUGUACUCUCUAAUGAUGACAGCUAACGGUCACAUUGACCCUCGUGGCACUAUGGCUCCUCCCAUAAUCAUGCGCACAGCAGCCACACCUAUGCCCACCCCUAAAGGCUCUCUCGGACCUGAGUCCGUCUUGGAGGAAGAACUCUUGUCCAGAGAAGGGAUACCUCAAUACAGCGAGGCCGGACUGGGUUUUUCUGAGGCAGGAUUUGGUCAUGUGGAGUCUCGCCGUGGGAGCUCCACAUCCAUGGAUCCCUCAGCCUAUGACCAGCCUUCUCUUAGCCUCUCAAGCCCAGGCCGACGCUCCCCUCUCACCCCCCGGGGUUCGGGCAGCUCCUGGGGGAGCCGCCGCUCCAGCUGGAACAGCCUGGGGAGAGCACCGAGCCUCAAAAGGCGAGACACCAGCGGGGAGAGGGAGAGCCUGUUGUCUGGGGAAGGUGCGGAGGAGGACAACGGCCAGGACGAGAAGGAGGAGGCUGGGGCGAACAUGAGAGCAAAGCCAGGGUCCUUGGAGCUGCUGCAGGCGUCCACUCUCGGCCCCUCCAUAAUAGGAGAGUACGGUGACUGCAAUGGGAGGACUGUGACAUACGAUCCCAAUGUAAACUCCGACCCCAAAAUUGACUUCUCCUCUGAGGAUGACCUAGAUGAUGAUAGCCCUUUCUGCUACUGGAUUAAGCGAGAGGUGCAACAUCUGAAGCCCCGCUGGUGCAAAGAGCAUGAAGACUGGACGCUUUACUUGUUUUCUCCAGAGAGCACAUUCCGUAUCUGGUGUCAAGGUGUGAUCUCACAUAAACUGUUUGACCAUGUGGUUCUGGUUUUCAUCUUCCUCAACUGCAUCACCAUCGCUCUGGAGAGACCUAAUAUUCAGCAUCAGAGCACGGAGCGGAUGUUUUUGAGUGUAUCCAACUAUGUUUUCACUGCGAUCUUCUUAGCGGAGAUGACCAUUAAGGUUGUAGCUCUUGGUUUCUGCUUCGGCAAGCAGACCUACCUCCAGUCCAGCUGGAACAUUCUGGACGGAUUGUUGGUGUUUGUGUCUCUGGUCGACAUCCUCGUCUCUCUGGCCUAUACUGGCGGAAACAGGAUCCUGGGAAUUCUCAGAGUCCUUCGCCUCCUUCGCACACUUCGCCCACUGAGGGUGAUCAGUCGAGCCCCGGGAUUAAAACUGGUUGUGGAGACUCUCAUCACCUCUCUUCGACCCAUUGGGAAUAUCGUCUUGAUCUGCUGCGCUUUCUUCAUCGUCUUUGGCAUCUUAGGGGUCCAGCUGUUCAAAGGCAAGUUCUACCACUGCGAGGGUCUUGACACAAGAAACAUCACAAACAAGUCAGACUGUCUGCAGGCCAACUACCGCUGGAUAAGAAGAAAAUACAAUUUUGACAACUUGAUUCAGGCUCUGAUGUCUUUAUUUGUACUAUCGUGUAAAGAUGGCUGGGUCAACAUCAUGUAUGAUGGGCUGGAUGCGGUAGGAGUGGAUCAGCAGCCCGUGAGGAACCACAACCCCUGGAUGCUCCUCUACUUCAUCUCCUUCCUGCUCAUCGUCAGCUUCUUCGUCCUCAACAUGUUUGUUGGCGUGGUGGUGGAGAACUUCCACAAGUGCCGGCAGGACCAGGAGGAGGAGGAGGCCCGGCUGCGGGAAGAGAAGAGGCUGAAAAUGAUAGAGAAAAAGCGCAGGAGUAAGGAGAAUGGAGGGGCUGAAGCCAAGCAGAGGCCCUACUACGCCGACUACUCGCCUGUACGUCUGUCCAUCCACACACUGUGCACCAGCCACUACCUGGACCUCUUCAUCACCUUCAUCAUCUGCAUCAAUGUGUUCACCAUGAGCAUUGAGCACUACAAUCAGCCACAGUAUUUGGAGGAGGUUCUGAAGUACUGUAACUACGUGUUUACCAUCAUCUUCGUCAUCGAGACUCUGCUGAAACUCAUGGCGUUCGGCUUCCACAGGUUCUUCAAAGACAGGUGGAAUCAGCUGGAUGUCGCUAUAGUGGCGUUAUCCAUCAUGGGCAUCACUCUAGAGGAGCUGAAAAUGAAAGCAGCGCUGCCAAUAAAUCCCACCAUCAUCAGAAUCAUGAGAGUACUACGGAUCGCACGAGUACUGAAGCUUCUGAAGAUGGCGAAGGGAAUGAGAGCGCUGCUGGAUACCGUCAUGCAAGCUCUGCCCCAGGUGGGAAAUCUCGGUCUCCUCUUCAUGCUGCUCUUCUUCAUCUAUGCUGCUCUGGGAGUGGAGCUGUUUGGCAAACUGGAGUGCAACGACAACAACCCAUGUGAAGGCCUGAGUCGUCACGCCACCUUUGAGAACUUCGGGAUGGCCUUCCUCACACUGUUCCGAGUGUCCACUGGAGACAACUGGAAUGGGAUUAUGAAAGACACAUUAAGGGAGUGUCACCCAGACGAACGCCACUGUUUCUCAUACCUGCCUUGGAUCUCCCCGAUUUAUUUCGUGACCUUUGUGCUCAUGGCCCAGUUUGUGCUGGUCAAUGUGGUGGUGGCUGUUUUGAUGAAACAUCUGGAGGAGAGCAACAAGGAGGCGAAAGAGGAUGCGGAGAUGGAUGCAGAGAUCGCCCUGGAGAUGGCGAUGGAGAGGCAGCGCAAACAAAGCACAAGUUCCAACAACAGCUCAUUGGGAGGGACCUACGUUGGGCCUUGCCCCAACUCACCUGGAGAGGAGGAAGAGGUGCGGUACAACGACCACGACCUGCUGUCCACCAGGAAGAUGUCUGUGUCCAGGAUGCACUCUCUGCCGAACGACAGCUACAUGUUCCGGCCCGUGCGGCCCGCCAGCGCCCCCUCCCCUCUGGAGGAAGUAGACAUCCUCCCCCAGCACCAGCAUUCAGCCUCUGUGAUGUCGGUCCACUCCCAGCCCUGCGAGAGCCGCUCUCUGCUGCAGGUUCCAGAUGUUUCCCCUGUUCACCCUCAGUUAUCUCCCACCCUCACGCUGCCCCGCAUCGCCCCGCCAACACCCAUCCUCUCACCCCGGGCCCUUCACAAACAGGUGGCGGUUAAGCUGGAAGCAGUGGAGUCUCUGGCUCGUGAGCAUCGGGAGAAGCCCGACUCUGCCCAACUGUCCUCCCACUCACCUUCGCCGAGCCCUUCCUCUCUGCCCCCGCCUCGCUCCUCUCCCUCUGCCCUCUCUUUUCCACCCUUCUCUCCCUCUUCUUCUCCCCUUCCUCCCAUACAGUCCUGCCCCUUUCCUCUCUCCCCCCCGCCCUCGUCCCCAUCCCUCCUCCUUCCCCCGCCUCCCUCCCCGCGCCUGCCGUCGCGCUCCUCCAGCCUCCGUAGACCCCGGCCGCCGUCGGCCGUCUCCCUGUGCGACCCGGCCGACGAGGAGGUGUACCACAUCACCAGCUCGGCCCGCCGCGCGCUGAGCGGCGAGGAGGGCGGAGCGCAGGAGAGCAGACGCAGAGCGGGCCGCAGCCACUCCCUCUCCCCCUACGCGUUGCCGUGCUCUGUGAACGCCGGCUCCUCGUCUCCUCCUCCGCCGCUCCCGCCUUCCUCCACGCGGAGCGCGCUCAGUCUGCUCGGGGUGGGACUAAAGGACGCGAGGAAAGGCUUCGAGGUCGACAACGAGGGCUUCUUGGACAAGCCGCCAUCCACAUCCGCCGGUCACUCUGACGACCAGCGGCGCCACUCCAUCGAGGUCUGCCUCCCGCAGGCCGUCAUAGCCGGCGACAGCCAGCACGGCCAGGCGUUUCCUGUGAGGGUGCAGUCGGUCGGCAGCAACCACAGGAAGAAGAAGAUGAGUCCUCCCUGCAUAUCCAUCCACCCUCCCUCGGAGAGAGAACCCCCCCAGAACGCCUCUCCUCCCAAACUGGUGGACUGCAGCAUGAUGCUGAGACGCAGGACCCCGUCCAGCGACUCCAACACGUGCGUGCAAGACGCCUCGGCCAACGUCCAGAUCCGCAUGCAGAUGCAGACGCCGCUGACCCCCAUCCAGGCGCCGCUGCACUCCCCGACCCACUCGCUGGCGCCCUCGCAGCCGUCCACGCCGACACACGCGCAGACACCCACGCCCCCCCACAUCCCCAUCAGCCCCAACAUCUUCAUCCAGCCUCACGCGCCCGUUCUCCCCAACGCCGCGCGGUUCUCCCAGCCGCGGCCUCUGUCCCCCGCCGCGAGGCGCUCGCCGCUCGCGGGAGACUACAUCGCCCUCCCCCAGUUCACCUUCGACCAACCACAGACCAGGUACACGGGCGGCCUGUCAGCUGGCAUGUCAGACGCCGACAAACCCACCUGCUCCUCCCCUUUUGACAGCAGACUGGGAGCCGCUGCAGGAUUCAGUGCAAAGAACCGGAGGACCGCCCAGUAACCACGAGAGCCAAUCACAGGGUCCACGGCCCACGACGGCGGGAGCAAGAGGCGCCUCCGUCGACCUCAGCAGAGACUGACGCCGAGAAGAACGAAGAAGACGAGCCGAGCAGGCAAAGUUUUUACUGUUCUUGUUUCAAUAAAUGAGGACGAGUCAUUGAUUGCUCUUUCCAGAGAGCCCUGGUACAGACUCUUCCACGAACAACGGACAACAGAUUGAUUUUUCUACACUUUUGCUUGAAAGACAAAAGACCCACCGAGGCUGUAAUUACCCAACACUGCUCACUGUACAUGAUGUAUUAGGGACUCAUGCUAAUCAGGACUAAAGCCACCUUAAUCCGUAGCCAAAGUUUUCUUUUCACACACUGUCCUCACCCACGCGAGCAAAUCAGGAAGCAGCGUCUGGCUGACAAACCGACCUUUCCAGGAAGGGGUUUGUGUACCGCGAGCGUGGAGGUUUGGGGAGGGGGGAGGGAAAUCGUGGGAUAUGCAACUUCAGGUUUUCUACAGAAGUUCUGCUUGCCCCUCCUCUGCUCCUCGAUCACAUUGAUCAGAGCAGAAGUGUGUGUGUGUGUGAAUGUGUGCGUGUGCGAGAGAGUGAUUGUGUGUGUUUUAUUAUGUGUGAGUUUUGUCAUAUCUGUCGUGACGGAAGUCGGCCAUGUUAUUCUUAUGCUUGCAGCGACAGGGAGGGGGAGCAGGGCAGAGCUGUAGUGUUUGUUUCUCUGUGUAUCUGUGCAGUGUAAAUAAAGGAAAAUACUGUAUUUGGUGAGAUUAAAAAUAGCUCUAUCCAUAUGCACAUAUUUUUAUAGAGGUCUAAACUGUUUUUGCACACUAAUUUGAACGUCAAGUUGCUUGUUUUUCCUCUAGUGUCCUCUCGUGAAUGUAUGUUUCUUCUGAGAAAUCUGAGAGAGCAGCGAAGGAGAUCGACACUCCUCUCAAACUGCAAGACGAAGGAUUUUAUUUUUCUAUUUUGAAAGAGAGACAGAGGAGAACUGGCGUGUGAUGUGUUUCUGUAGCUUUGUCUCAGACCUGUGUGUACCUGGUGUCUAAAUAACAGUUAGGGAGUGGGCUCAGUGAUGAAAAUUCCACGUAAACAAGAAGAACUACAAAUAUUUGACGACAGUCCGACAGGAGCUCGUAGCUAAUCUGAGUAUCCUGUCUGCUGGCUAUGAGUCAGCGGCCUGGCCAGUUAUACUCAUUCACUUCAUGAAAAGUCUCUCAUUCACAGCCAUUUCCACUGGUACAGAACGUACCAGACCAAUUACAACCACUCAAACAACUUACAGGUAAGCCUGCUAGCAGGUAGGCAGCUAGCAGACUUACCUGUGUAACGCCUCGCCAUCUUUUAGAAGCUGAGAAGUCACACUUGCAUCAACUUUUCCUAAACGCUCUUCAUUAGUCCCAUUUCCAUUACACUUUUACGCAAAACAGAAGUGAAACUCUGAAUUUGUGAUAAAAGUAGCACUUCGAUGUUUCCAUUAAACUUUGUUUGUCUCUGAUUGCGCGUAACUUUCCUAGUUCUCACUUCUUAGCUCUGUAACUCUCAGAAAAGUAUCUGCAAAACAAAGAAGGUCUUGACUUCGAAGAAGAUGAACAAAAAAAUCUUUAGUCUUUGACAAAUUAUUGUGAUUGCUGCCAGAGUCGUUGUGAAAAUAGCCGAAGGCCGCAGAUGAUCAUUCAAAUGAUUACUCCGAAGCCAAGCCCUUAUGUUGUGCAGAAAUGUAUAAUGAUUAAGUCAUGCUACAUCAUAAUAAUGAAGUAGUAAUGUUGAAGACUUUAGAUUGACCGGCAGCAUCACAUCCAGCGCCGCCAGAGAGGUGGAAAUGCGGAAAAAGCGCGUCCAUCACACUUUUGCACUGGAUAGACACAUCUGAAAAACCCCUUCGUGAAAGCCUAAAAAGGUUUUUACGAUAUUUUCUUUCAAACUAGAGGCGUUUCCAUUACAGGUUUUCCUUUGCGAUAUUUGGGUCUUGCGCAAAUCCAGGGAUAAUAGAAACAUAAUGAAAGCAGUCUUUCAAAAAUGUACUUUUCCUGCCUGCAUCAUUCUCACCAAUACAUUUGCUGAAUUGCUAAAACCACCUUAAAUAAGCAUGUUUCUGCUGCUACACGCCGGUAUGGAUGUCUUCUUGAUAUUAGCGUGGCUCUUGCUCUGCUUUCAUUCUUCAUUUCAUUACAUCCAACAAGAAAAGAAUCAGGAUGGCUGGCCAGACUAAUGAGUUUAGUGUUACAAAAUUCGAGGACUUUUCAAGGUUGGAAACUUUCCGUGGGAAUUAAGGAGCGCCCUGAAAGAUGCAUUUAAAUAAAAUGUAUUAUUAUAAUUGUAAAACUGGAUCUGUGCAACAUUACAGGUUAACCUAUAACAAAUCAACAGUCAAUACGAUCUAAUGCAAAUUCACUUAAAUAUCUAAACGUAAUGAGAAUGACUUUGAAUAAUUCUUGAAUUAUGCACAGUUUAGUCAGUUUAGUUUUGAUGUUAUCAACAUAUUUGAUGUGUUGUUUUUUUAUGUUUGUAUGUGCGGUGGGAUCGUGCCAAAAUUGGCAAAAGAAAAAAAAACAUUGUACUUAACUUUUUUCAUUGAUCCAGCAUGAAUUGUUAAAUGAUACCCUGAAUGCACUUCUUCCGCAUUUCUCCAUCUUAAUCUCCCACGGAAAGUUCCUGAAAGGUUUCCAGAAAUUAACCGGACAUUUCCUGCCUGUUUGCAACCUUAGUCAGUCCACGACAAGGACGACAUUUGACGUCACUUAGCCGCUCUCCUUCUGUUUUUUCAGCUGAAUCAGCUAUGACACCUUUGUUUCUGUACAUCUAAAGACAACCAAACUAAUUUCCUUCUUUCUUUUUUUUUUUUAACUAUGUGUAGCCAGAGUGCAAUAAUAAUAUAUACUUGUGGAAAAUAUAGUAACAUCCACACUACAUGAAACAGCCACAUUCUUGUAUUCAUACAUACUGUAGAACUGCUAUAUAUAAUAUAAACCCAUUUUUAUCAUGACAGGACAUUGCUGUUGCUAGUAUUCAUGCUACUUUAGCUCACGUGAAGGCCACGGCGGCGUGGGCGGCGCAGGAAGCAGCGUUAGGUACUGUAGAUCUCUGCAAAAGCUCAGGCCCACCUGCUCACGGUGUGACUUUCAGCAGAAGAGCCACACAAGGACUGAGUAAGCUGUUUUUUUGUUGGGUUUUCUUUUCUUUUCUUUGCCCUCUCUAACCUAGCAGUUCACUCUCCAGCAGCACAUCACAUCCAUUUCCCACGUCACCGCUGAGGUAAAUGAACCUGUCCACAGAUGGAGUCACACAGCCUCCACGGUGUUAUGAUAAAGUAUGACAACCAUCUUCCUUCUGGUGGCUGAGCGUCUUUACCGAGCCAUACCUCUUUUUCUGACUCAGCACAAUACGUGUUUUAUUCUUGUUUGCGGACAGUUGGGUUUGGCACAUGAAAUAUGCUCGGGAGCUUUUUGGUAUUAAUUCAGAAUUUUUAUAGGCAGCUGGCUGGGACAGCAUCUUUUAUUUAGUUUUACUUCUUUUUUUUUUUUUUGGUCAUUAUUUUAUUGGGAUCAGCAUGAAACAUGCACAGUCCUCAGUAACCUGAGUGAGAACCAAAGUGCUUUGUUGCUGUGUUACAACCACUUGAGGCUCAUUUGUUCUAAUUUGGGCUGAAGAAGGAAACUAACUCAUUUGUGAUGGGAUUAUUGGCUGUUGCAGGAAAAUUGGGGAGCAGUUUGAAAUAUGUUCCUUUUUAAAUUGCCUUGAACAGACAGGCAUUUGGAGUUUGCUGACACUUGCAGACCUAGUUCAUCCGGGUUCCCAUACCCCUUCUACAUUUAUUAGCCUUUUCUUUGCUUCCUUUUGCAGUAUGCAUGCAGAAGGUCGACUCGCGUAGAAGCUUCACACGGCACCAGGUCAACACAUUUGAUGCCUUUGUAGUACAGUAGACCCUCCUGGUUGGUUUCUGUGCUUGUCCAGUGGCACAUUUGGAAACUGGGUUAUCAGAUGGAAGUGACUCGAAUCGUGUGAAGGAUGGAUAAAUGAUGCCAUCUACUCAAGUGGUAAAAUGACAGACUGAAAGCGUUGCUGUUUGUGAGUACUGCAGUCAGCUGGUUCAUGGUUUGAUUGUAGCCUUCUGUGUUCACACUACAAGCCCAAAUCCAAUUUCUAGCAUGUGAUCCGAGUCCGACGUUCCUGACGGACCCUUUACAUUAUAUAUCACAAGUGAUAUUUGAGCUGCGUGUGCUCGCUGACUUUCCCAAAUCAGACACAUGGUUGCUAUGGUAAUCUGCACACGGAAUAAACAAAGACACCAGAAUGGAGAGGGGUUUUGCUUUCACAAAUGGACAUAUGAAGCCAUGAAACUUCCUGAAAAAUUUCUAAAGGUCAACUCAUGAAAAAUAUGGUUGUGUUCCCCGUAUGGCCAAUCUUAUAAUUAAUAGAAUUUGUUCAAUGAUUACAUGAAUUAAAGCCAUACUAUGUAGCAAUGCCACUCCUGACCACACAGGGGCAGAAUUACAAUAGAAAGCAGUUUUUAUUAACCUCAUCCAUAAAUUGAUGUGUAAUUAAUAAGAUGUUAAUAUGACUUGUUGCAGUGUAUAAUUAUUAUUAUUAAAAAUGUAUUUAAAAGAAAGCCCCACAGACAGAUGUCCCUUCUGCAGAGUGCUUUAUUACUGUACGUGAAGCUGUCGGGGCUGGUUAGCUGUUAGCUACCCAACAAAUAAGACUUACUAAGAGAGGAAUCUGCUGAUUUUCUUACCCAAUGUUUGUGACGUGUUUCAAAUGGUACAAAGAAGAACUAAGAUCUAAUUUAAGCAACUAAACUGUUCAGAUCAGGAUGCAUCCGUGCAACUCUGAGUGGAAUUGUAUUUGAAACCGCCUCCGUAUAUGCUCUAAAACCAGGUUGGAAAGGUCGUUUGUGGCUGAGAGGCUGUCGAAAAACAUUUACAUCCAGUCUGGACAUGCUAAAUGUGCGAUUUGGGCCGGCAGUGUGAACACAGCUAAAGAGGAAUAUGUUAGUCUGAGAAGCUCUUUCCUUGGCAUGACACAUCUUCUCAUGAUCCCGGUUUAAAGUUUGUUUUUUUUACACACUAUGUGCUUUGUCUUGUUUCCUGUCUUGCUUUGGAGGUUCCACUCUCGUUUAACUCAGACAUCCCCGUUAAACAGCAUAUUUCCCGGUUCAUCAACACCGUUCGGUAGAGUGACUGCAUCGUUUUUCUUACGAUUUACAGAUCUUUGGAUCUCAGUAUUUAAAUCCUGUUUUUGAGGAAACAGUUUUGACUAUUGCAUGUUUGGAUUUGAGAAUAAAUAAAUAAAUAAAUUAAAAAAAAUAACUUUUGAGAAAGAACCAUGUGGAUGUUUUAGAGAUUUUGAUAUUUGCAUUUUCAGAUGUUUCCAUUUGUAGAUUGACUGCCUAAUUGCACUGGGCUCUUAGUGAUUGGUAUCUGAUAAAAUACUGAUUAAAUGACCUUAUUCUUCAAAGUCCAAUGCAAUGCUUGGUGGUUAUUUGCAGUAUGGGGACCAUUCUGCUCUUUAUACAGAUUUAUGAAAGAAUGGAAAACUUGUUGGUUUUAUUUUAUUUGGAACCAACUUUAUUCAAAGUAUGUGAGGUGGAUUUUUUUCCAUUUUUCCUUACGAUACUCUGAAGAUAGAACUGUUGGAAAUAAUAUCAGAUGUAUAUUUUACGUAGAAGUAGCCUUUGCCCUGAUGAUCUGUAAAGGACUGAUCAGAUAUCAGAUUAUUAAUAAAAAUGCUUUAUUUUUGUUUGGUUGACACUGAACUGGUGAUCAAACUGUGACAGAUCUUGAGUUAUGAAAAACAGAUCUUGGUCUUUCUCUCCUCCCUCCAUCCCUUCAGCGACAGGUGCGGGCACCUCCGGCCCCUCUGAGCUUUACACAGAGGGGAGCGGGUGCAUGAGGUUUGCAUGUGUCCCUGUCUGUCCGAGGAGAGCCGACGUGUCUGCAAUAAUUAGGCCCUCCGUGACAGAUUAUUCCCCCACAUCGGAGGGAGAAACGAGGAGGCGGGGUCAAGUUUAAAGGCUCUGCACACAGGUGGACUCGAUCAAUUGUACCGUUGCUGACUUUUGUGUGAAACCAUUGUCCUGAAGGAUGUUUUCCUGUCAAUUAAAAAAAUACAAGAUUUCUUUUCUUAUUCCUGCUUACUUGUGUUCAUACUCAUUCACGUUUAUCCUUGAGGGCGAUGCAUCCACUAGGA